AUGGCGAAUCCGGCCAGAGAUGGCUAUCAAGAAUUCGACAACGAGCCUGAUUUACCAGGAGAAGUUGAGACAGAAAACCCGCCAACAAUGCCACGUAGAAAUACCGCGUCAGAGGAUACUUCUCUUUUUCAGGAUAGGCUACCCACAGAGAACUCGCUAUCGCCGGAGCAGGCUUUCAUCCAUAUGGUCAAGGCAAUGCUCGGAACCGGUCUUCUCUCCCUUCCACUGGCUUUUAAGCACUCUGGACUAUUUCUCGGAUUGAUCCUGACAGUCAUAAUUUGCCUCAUUUGUCUGUAUUGUAUGCGACAAGUCGUAUUCGCCGCGCAUUUUGUGUGUAAUAGAAACGGGCGGGAUCUCAUCGAUUACGCGAAUAUAAUGCGAGGAGCUGUGGAAAUGGGACCACCCUGGAUCAGGCGAAAGGGAUACUUUUUCAAACAACUUGUCAACGUGAACAUGUUCAUCUCACAACUCGGAUUCUGUUGUGUCUACUUUGUGUUUAUGGCCGAUAAUUUGGAGGAUUUCUUCAACAACAACACGUCGAUCCACCUCUCGAAAGCCGUCUGGAUGCUCCUUCUCCUCAUUCCAAUGCUCUCAAUAUGCUCAAUUCGACGACUUUCGAUUCUCGCGCCAUUCGCAAUGGCUGCCAAUGUGGUCUAUGUGGUCGCGGUGGCCGUCGUUUUGUUCUUUUUCUUGUCAGAUCUCCGUCCCAUCAAUUCCCUCCCAUGGUUCGGAAAAGCAACCGAUCUCCCUCUAUUCUUCGGAACCGUCAUGUUCGCCUUCGAAGGUGUCGCUGUGAUAAUGCCAAUCGAGAAUCGAAUGCAAUCCCCUCAUGCGUUCAUCUCAUGGAACGGUGUACUCAACUCGUCGUGUCUCGUCGUUUUAGCCAUUUUUAGUGUCACUGGAUUCUAUGGAUACUUAUCACUUGGAAACGAUGUGAAAGAUACGGCGACACUCAACUUGCCGAUGACACCAUUCUACCAAACAAUCAAAUUGAUGUUCGUCGCGUGUAUCAUGAUCUCGUACCCCCUUCAAUUCUACGUCCCAAUGGAGAGAAUCGAGAAAUGGAUCACACGGAAAAUUCCAGUUGAUAAGCAGACAUUCUACAUCUAUUUCGCCCGAUAUACAGGCGUCUUUUUGACUUGUGCAAUCGCCGAGCUGAUUCCCCACUUGGCUCUAUUCAUAUCGCUGAUUGGCGCGUUCUCCGGAGCGUCGAUGGCUCUUUUAUUCCCGCCGUGUAUUGAGCUAUUGACAUCCUACGCGAAAAACGAGUUGUCCCGUGGUCUAUGGAUAAAAAAUAUCAUUUUGUUGAGUUUCGCCGUCAUCGGAUUCACCACUGGAACCUACAGUGCUCUCGUGGAAAUCGCCAAGACUUUCUCCUAA